CACGAAACAAUAUACAAUGUCAGAACGAACAAUCACCGACGCAACGGCCAAGGUUAUUGAACAGAGUCUUUCAAUUGCCCGCGACAAUGGUAAUUCUCAAGCCGAUCCGCUACACUUGGCUGUGGCCCUCUUUACGGGCGACGACUCCAUGGGGGCGCGAGUUUGUACAAAGGUGGUGGCGGACAACGUGGACGUCAACGUGGUUCGCAAAAAUUUGCAACGCCGUCUGUUGCAAAAGCCGUCCCAAACACCUGCUCCUCACGAAGCAUCGUUGUCGAGCUCGUAUUCCUCACUCUUGCAACGCGCCACCAAAGCAUCCAAAGCAAAUGGCGAUGCUUUGGUUGCCCUUGAUCACUUGAUACUCGCCCUGUACGAGGAUCGUGAGGCUGCUGAUGUGCUGACCCAAUCGAUGUUAACCAAGAAGCUUGCGCAGGGUGCCGUUAAGGAUUUGCGAGGUAGCCAUAAGGUAACAUCAGCCAGCGCGGAAGAAACCUACGAGGCCUUGGAAAAGUAUGGAAUUGAUUUGGUCCAACAAGCCGAAGAUGGGAAACUCGAUCCCGUCGUAGGACGAGAUGAAGAAAUUCGUCGGCUCAUACAGAUCUUGUCCCGCCGAACCAAAAAUAAUCCCGUCCUAGUCGGCGAACCUGGAACCGGUAAAACUAGCAUCGUCGAAGGCCUUGCCCGCAGAAUAGUCGAAGGUGACGUACCCGAAAGCAUUAAGGGUGUUGCACUCCGGACGCUCGAUAUGGGCGCGCUGGUGGCAGGUGCCAAAUACCGAGGAGAGUUUGAAGAACGGUUGAGGGCAGUUUUGGACGAAGUGAAGCGAGCGCAGGGGAAAAUGCUUCUGUUUGUCGACGAAAUUCAUCUCGUACUCGGGGCCGGCAAGUCGGACGGAGCCAUGGACGCCGCCAAUUUGCUUAAACCUAUGCUGGCGCGAGGCGAGCUGCGCAUGAUUGGUGCUACAACUUUGGAAGAAUACCGGAAGCACAUUGAAAAAGAUGCCGCCUUUGAACGCCGCUUCCAACAGGUGAUAGUGAACGAACCCAGUGUGUUGGAUACUAUAUCCAUGUUGCGUGGGCUAAGCGAUCGCUACGAAACUCAUCACGGUGUCCGCAUUAUGGAUUCCGCACUGGUUACGGCGGCGCAGCUGAGCGAUAGAUACAUAACACAUCGAUUCAAUCCCGACAAAAGUAUCGAUUUAAUAGAUGAAGCGGCCGCACGAAAACGCACUACACUUGACAGUCGUCCCGAACGAAUCGAUCAAUUGGAGCGACAAAUCUUGCAACUCGAAAUCGAAUCUACCGCAUUGGGUCGCGAAAAGGACAAGGAAUCUAAAAGGCGGCGCACAGCAAUACAAGAAGAGAUUGCUAAUUUAAAAGAAGAACUGGCACCCUUGAACGCUAAAUGGCAGGCCGAUAGAGGUCGAGCUGAGGAACUGAAAGAGAUCAAGGAAAAGCUAACUACCCUUGAGGCCAAGGCGGCGUCGGCGGAACGUACCGGUGACUACGAAAAGGCUGCCGACUUAAAGUAUGGUGCCAUUCCUGACCUCAAGUCUCAUUUGAAGAGGAUCGAAGAAUCGGAAAUGAUACGUAAAGCAGAUGCCUCAGACGAAGACAGUUUAGUUUCGGAAACAGUGACCCCCCAGGAUAUUGCCGAAGUGAUCUCUCGGUGGACGGGGAUUCCAGUUACCCGCCUCUCGCAGACUGACAGAGAUCGCUUACUAAAAUUGGAUGAUCGACUCAAGGAACGUGUCAUCGGUCAGGAUCAAGCAAUCAAAGAAGUAACGGACUGUAUCUUACGCUCUAAGGCUGGUCUGUCGCGACCCUCCCAGCCUAUCGGUAGUUUCUUAUUCCUCGGUCCGACGGGAGUGGGUAAGACGGAGCUUGCCAAGAGUCUAUACUCGAGUUUAUUUGACGCGGACGAACGGCAUUUGAUUCGUAUUGACAUGAGCGAAUACACUGAGCAACACUCAGUUGCCCGUUUGAUUGGAGCCCCACCCGGCUACAUUGGGCAUGACGAAGGUGGUCAGCUGACAGAAGCCGUACGUCGCCGACCCUACUCAGUGGUACUCUUUGAUGAAAUGGAAAAAGCACAUCCGCGUGUUUUAACGCUAAUGCUGCAGAUCUUGGACGAAGGACGCUUGACGGAUAGCAAGGGAAGGACUGUCGACUUUACGAAUACUGUCAUUAUUCUGACGUCCAAUGUGGGUGCAAAGUAUUUGCUGAAUCUAACUGAGGAGUCAAAGCGACGGGAAUUGGCGCACAAGCAAGUCAUGUCGGAAGUUCAAUCUCGUUUCGCCCCGGAGUUUCUCAACCGAUUGUCGGGUAUCAUUAUGUUCAACUCUCUCGGAACCCAGCAGUUGGAAAUGAUUGUCCAAAAGUCUAUGAGGGGUGUUUCGAAGCGACUCGCCUCUCAAGGAGUUCGGGUGGUGCUGGAGUCUAGUGGCGCCAAAGCGAUUCUUGCAGCAUCCUACGACCCGAAUUAUGGCGCGAGACCCGUUGAGCGAUAUCUCGAGUCAACAGUGGUAACGACUCUCAGUCGUAUGCUAAUUAGCGGAGAUAUCUCCAGUGGAUCUAUUGUCCGCAUUGAAGCUGCCGAAGGCGACGACGAGUCCCAUAAGUCGAGUCGAUGGGUAGAGUCACCAAUUCCAGAGCGUUCGCCGGUUUUGUUAAGAUUGUGA